AUGCCUUACUCUCUCAAGGGUCGAAAUGUCCUGGUAACGGGGGGUGAACUCAUCUGCUUCAAGUUCGCUGACGAAGGAUGCAAUGUGGCCAUCAACUAUAAAUCCAGUGCCGACAAAGCCGCAGCAGUUGCCAAGAAGGUUGAGCAGGAUUACGGGGUGAGGGCUUUCACCAUUCAAGGCAAAGACUGUGCCCACGUUGUAGAGGAAUCUAUUUUCAAGCUAGGAGGGCUUGAUGUCAUCAUCUCGAACGCUGGCUACACCAGGUUUUCGAACUUCGGGGAUCUAAAUGACUCAACUGUGGAGGACUGGGACCUUUGCUACGCAGUCAACGUCAAGUCUCAUGUCUUUCUGAUGCGUGAGGCACUCGCCACUUUCAAUGCUAAUCCAGACGGUGGCGUAUUCAUCAUCACUUCCAGCAUAGCAGGCAGGAUACCAGGUGGUAGCAGCAUGCCGUACUCAGUCACCAAGGCAGCUCAAUUGCACCUCAUGCGCUGUCUAGCAGGCACUCAGGGCCCCAAAAUCAGGGUCAACGCUGUCUUACCAGGAUUCUUGAGUACUGAAUGGGGAGAGAGGUACGGGCCAGACAGGAUCAAGGACAUGCGAGAGAAAGCCUAUCUCAGGCAAGACACCGACCUCGAUGAUGCAGCCCAGGCUUUCAUCGAUAUUACCAAGAAUACGUCAAUGACUGGGCAGAGGAUUCAAGUUGACUCGGGUCUUGGUCAAAAUGAUUAG